AUGAGGACUGUCGGAUUUCUAGAAAAAAACCAUCCGAGAGUCCUUGUCGCGCCACGUGGCAAAUGCCCGUUGGAGGCUAUCAGGUGUGACGUCAGUGCUGGCAUCAGCGUGACACCAGCGCUGACGUCACAAGAGUCGGGCUUCAGCCCAGGCAAGACUUGCCCUUGGGCUCUCCCGGGCUGGUGGGACCCACCACGAAACUGGGCUACAUUUGCUGUGCUGGAGGUGUCUUGGGCUCGCCAGGGAUGCCUUUCCCCCAGUUUGGGUCUGGCGCUGGAGAUGCUCUAA